AUGGGCUGCCCCGCCGGGACGCGAACCAAGCGACUCUUCUGGAUCGUUCGAUUCCUGCUGAUGGCGUCGAUCUGGGAUCUUAUUUUUGGCUACGAUCGAAACCACCGUAGUAGUUCUAAGAUUAUGAUUAUUAUUGUUACGAUUAAUUUCCUCACGGCGUUUGUGCGCACGGCCACUCCGAGCGUGGAAGCAGAAAAACGUGUCCAGCAGCGCAUCCCGGCCGGGCGCCAAGCAGGUUUCAAGGCAGGGAUGGUGCAGUGCGGGCAAUCUCCCCUCGAUCCGCCCUAUGCACUGGAUAACGCGCACAUGGUGACCCACCGGCCCAGCAUGACAUCAGGCCGGGGAAUGCGCCGCUCCACAAAAAGACCGUUGGUGAUCGUCCUGGAAGCAGAGAGCGAGCAAGCACUGAGCAGACGAGAUCCUUCAUGGAUUGCAUCAUCUGAGCCUGCAUCUCCCGAGACCAUGGAUGCUCGCUGUCGCGAUGCUGACGAUGCUGACUCGCCAACCCCAAGCGUCCCAGCCGUGCAUCUCGGCCCCCGCCUUCCGCAUGCAAUCUCAGGGCCGGGAUUUGGAUGCGAGUCCCUUGGAUACGAUCGAUCAAAUCCCGAAGCCCCGUCGAUCGGAUGA